AUUUGCCCUCACUUUUCUUUUUCUAGGGUUUUAUAUAUUAUAUCUCUACAAUAGAAAAACUAUUAUUUUCUUAAAAGUUUUCUUCUAGGGCAAAAAUGAAGGGUGAAGCAAUGAAGUUUCAUCUUUUGAUCUUCAUGAUAUUCUUAGUUAAUCUUGCUUCUGCCUCUUCAUCCCCUUCAGUCAUCAUUGUUGGAGCUGGAAUGUCCGGAAUUUCAGCAGCUAAGAAACUACAUGAUGAAGGCAUCAAGGACUUUAUCAUUUUGGAAGCAACAAGUUGGAUUGGUGGUAGGAUUCACAAGACUGAAUUUGGAGGUUAUGUUGUUGAGAAGGGAGCCAAUUGGCUUCACGGCGCCGAAGGUCCUCUUAAGAAUCCCAUGUAUGAGAUCGCCAAGCAAAUCAAGCUCAAGUCCUUUUACUCGGACUUCAGCAAUGUCUCAUAUAACACCUACAAGCAAGAUGGUAUACUGUGUUUGGGUACUAAAAUGGUCAUACCCAUUUUAGUUUUGGGUAACUCUACCCAUAUAAGCCCAAAGGGCAUAAAAAAGGUUGUGACAGAGGUUGAUUACUCAAAGAGAGGGAAAGUGACAAUUAAAACAGAAGACGGCAAAGUAUACACAGGCCAAGCUGUCAUUUUAUCUCCAAGUAUUGGUGUUCUUCAAAGUGAUCUCAUUACUUUUAAACCACAAUUACCUUUUUGGAAAAGGCGGGCCAUUAAUGAAUUUAGCAUAGGUGUAUACACAAAGAUCUUCCUCAAGUUCCCUAAGAAAUUCUGGCCUACUGGCAAAGGAACCGAGUUUUUCUAUUAUGUCCAUGAAAGGCGUGGAUAUUAUGCAAUUUGGCAGCAACUAGAAAUGGAGCAUCCUGGAGCCAACAUUAUGUUCGUUACAGUAACAGACGACGAGUCAAAAAGAAUAGAGGCACAACCAGAUGAGAAAACAAAAGCCGAAGCAAUGAAAGUUCUGCGUAAAAUAUUUGGAGAUGACAUUCCUGAUGCUACUGAUAUAAUGAUCCCUAGAUGGUAUUCUGAUAGGUUAUACAGGGGCACUUUCACUAAUUGGCCUGUUGGAUACUCAAUUGAAAAGCAUAACAACCUUAAGGCUCCGGUUGGAAAUGUAUUCUUCACCGGAGAGCAUACACAUGCGGAACUUUUUGGAUAUGCAGAUGGUGCCUAUUAUGCGGGUGCAAGCACAGCAAAUGAGGUCAACAAGUUGCUCAAGAAGAAGAUGUCACCAAGUCUAAGAUCUUUAUCUCUCACUUCGGGAAGAGCGGACGGAAAGAGAAGGCCUUUGCUCUAUCUGCUUCUUUCACUUCCCAGGAAUGAACAAUUGGAAAAUCCAUUUUUUUCCAAUUGUUUAUAUUUAUAUUGGUGGAUGUGAUUAAUUGUACCGAGUUUUAUGCUUCAAUAAUAAAGUUGUUUUGCAAUUGCUUACAUAUGAAAAUCCAAGUUUAAAUUAUGUUCUUUUGAAAUUUUAUUUCAAAGAACAAGAGAGAAAAUCAUUAGGAGUUGCAAAUUUGGUGUUUUUUUUUUUUUUUAGGUUUCAGUUUUCUUGUGGCUUUUAGAAGUUUAUGUAUGUAAUGCAUUUCAUGCAUGAGUAUGCAUGAGUGUUGGAGAAUAAAUAUUGAGGUGUUUGUGGACCAACAUGUUUACUUUAGAUCGUUUUGAAUCUCGUACUAAUAAAUAAUUCAUGUCUUCAA